UUUCUAGUCUACCCUUUUUAUGCCGGCAGGCACGUCGCACGUAUCGUACGUUACCGGUUCACCUCAUAUACUUUCGGACGAAUUAAUUCGCGCCACGCGUUUAGGAUUCCGGAGUUAUCUGUGCAAAGCGCAGAACAAAAUCGGCUGUGCUCCGAUUUCGGAACCCCGAAUCCACAGCAAGGACGCGUCCUGGAUUGAGGAUCGCUCGUAUUCUCUUGCGUCUCCCUAGAAGAGCGUGCGAAUUUACGAUGGCGUCAGCUUCAGCCAUGGAUUUCUCGCAAGGCGAGAAGACUAACGGGCAUGAUCAACCAGGUAUCAACCAGAAUGCUCAGGAACACGCGGGCCAGCAAAAUCAAGGGCAAAAUCAAUAUCAGCAACAACAGCAACAGCAACCUACAGCCGGUAUUCCUGGAAAGGACGACGAGCGCAAGCUCUUCGUUGGCGGAUUGUCUCGUAGUACCACCGACAAAGAGUUGCACGAACACUUCAGCAAAUUUGGCGAGAUCGAAAGCAUUUCCGUCAAGGUCGAUCCCCACACUGGUGUCUCACGUGGCUUCGCCUUUAUGGUGUUCGCGAACCCCAAGACCAUUGAUAAACUGCUCGCGUCCGGCGAGCAUUAUAUUAACAAGCGUAAGGUAGAUCCAAAACGUGUAAGCAAAAAACCUCAACAUGGUAAAGUCUUCGUGGGUGGUCUUACACCAGAGAUUACGGAUGAAGAUAUCAAAACUCACUUCGGACAAUACGGCACUAUUGUCGAGCUACAAGCACCUUUUGACAAAGUCAAAAAUCAACGGAAAGGUUUCUGUUUUAUCACAUUCGACUCGAAAGAGGUCGUGUACAAGUUACUGAAAACUCCUAAACAGACAAUAAAUGGUAAGGAGGUAGAUGUUAAAAAGGUGAAAGUCAAUCCAGAUCCUAGAAAUCAAGGUUUCUGGGCACCGGGUUACGGAUAUGGUUAUGGUGGCGGUUAUUAUUUUCCCGAUUAUAAUGGUUACCACAGUGGUGGUUACGAUGAUAUGUACACCAAUUAUGAUUAUGCUGGAUAUGAUGGCUAUGAUAAUAUGGGUUAUGGACCUAAACCACGAGGUAAUGGUCCAGGACCGCGUCAGUUUCAGAGACAUCAACCGUACUAAAUGAAACAGGUCGAGCUAUUCUUUCACGAGAAAUAAGGCGCAUUCCAUUUAGUGUUAUAAAUACUUUGAAGCAUUUGAUUAACUAAUCGAGAAAUUUUUUUACUCCUUUUGUCCUAAUUAAUUAAUUCAAAGUAUUUGUAAUAUCAAGUCGAGUGCACUUGCAAUGUACAGAGAAACCAUCGGAGAUUGAAUUGAAGAUAUUGGAAAUAAAAAAAGCGCGAAAAAAAUGAAAAAAAUAAAAAAAAACAAAAAUUUAUAAGAUUCAAUAAACUUAGAAUUUAUAUACUGGAAAAUCCAUAUAUUAUACUGUAGUUUUCCCAAUAUAUGUCUAAUCUUAUCUUAGUUAACUGCAAUGCGCAAUGAAAUUAUAAAUCAUAAAUAAUAUGUGUUAUAUACAUUGUUUAAAUUUAACUUCUAAUAUUAUAUAUUGAGAACUAAUUUAGAAACAAUGCAUCCUGUUAUGAACCAAACUGUGUUUUAUUUCAAAAUAAUUCAAACAUGUUAUAUAUUUCAUUUAUAAUACUUUAAGGCUUGUUUUGUUUAUAAUGCACUUUUGUAUAAAUAAUUUUUAAUAGAUUUUUUAUUCUACUUAUAUUCCUCAAAACUUUUGAAGUGAGACAUUAGAAAAAACGUUGAAAGUGCUAAAGGAAAAAAAAAUUUUUUUGAAGAAAAAAAAAAUGAAAGGAAAACAAACAGAUAAAUAUUAUGGACACUUUUUGCUAAGUUGCUCAAAUUAUUAAGUUGUAUAAGA